AUGGCGGACGUCCGGUCCAAGAACCUCUACGAGCUUCUUGGCAAUGACCCUGAAUUGGACCCCAACAGAGAGCCAGAACCCCCUACGCGGGCUGUAGACAGGCCUGCGCCCCGGCAUGGCAAGCGUGAUGCUCCCAAGGAGCCUGCCAACCAGCCCGACCUUUCUGAGAACAAUGCUCGCCGUGGCGGUCGCUUCACUGGCAACGAGGCCGCUUUCCGUGACCGUCAGGCCGGCAGCCGCAGCAACCGUGAGAAGCCUCUCGAUGAGGGCAAGGAGCCUCAGCGCCGCGCCUUCCACGCUCGUGGCGACCGUGGUGAGCGUUACCGCAACGAUCGUCAGUCCCGCACUGGCCAGGUCGACACCCGCAAGCAGGUGAACCAGGGCUGGGGUGCCCAGACCGGCGACAAGGCUGGUGACAAGGCCUGGGAUGACGAGAGAGCCGCUGAGAACCUUGCUCAGAACGAAUCCGAGCCCCAGACCCCCGCCAACGAGGAGCCCGCCGAGCCCGCCGACAAGACCAAGUCCUACGCUGACUACCUCGCCGAGAAGGCCGCCCAGGGCGACCUCAGCGCCAAGCCUGUCCGCGCCCCCAACGAGGGCAGCAACCUCGACAAGAAGUGGGCCAACGCCAAGGAGCUGAAGCGCACCCCCGAGGAGGAGGAGGCCUACAUCAAGGGCAAGGAGGAGAAGGCCAAGCGCGAGAAGCAGCGCAAGGAGAAGAACGUCCUCGAGGUUGACAUGCGCUUUGUCGAGUCCCCCCGUGGUGGAAGCGCUGGCCGUGGCCGUGGUGGACCUGGCGGCCGUGGUGGUCGUGGCGACCGUGGUGGACGUGGUGACCGUGGUGACCGUGGUGGUCGCGGUGGCCGUGGCAACGGUGCUCCCCGUGGUGGUGAGCAGCGUGGCGCCGCCCCCGUCACCGUCGACGAGAAGAACUUCCCCACCCUCGGUGCCAAAUAA